CAUUGGACUGAGUGAGAGAAGUACUAUUAUUACCACGUCAGUACUCAACAUGACGAGAAAAAGCUUUUGAGGAGGAUGUCACAGAUUCCAGUCCAUUCACAGGAGAGGACCUUCUUUUAUGCAGGUGUUUGAAUACCUGAAGAGGCUCGUUCAUAGCUUUUAUGAAAAAGUCUACGGCAUUACAUUUCGAGAAAUCGGUGAGAAAAUACUUUUCACCGGGUGGAGACGUAUCAGUGACUAGACGAGGGUGACCAAGAGCUUUCCUAUGGUGGCCAGCCAACAGCUGGCCAUGGGCAACGGUUCAAUCAAAGCCCCACGGCCAGAGGACAGCUUCCUGGCCUCCAGCCUCAAGGUGUGUGACACGGAGCCCUUGAGGCUCAAGAUAGCCCACCUGGAAGAAGAGCUGGCCCAGAGGGACCAGGAGUUAAAAUCCCAGGAGCUGCAGCUGCAGAGCCUGCAGAGAGAGCUGGAGGCUAAAGUCUCCCAGAUAGAAAAGCUUCAGGAUGCCAUCGGCUACAACAGCCUAGGCCGCUCCCCUCUGACUCCCAACUGCCACCGCCUGCUCAGUGUCAUCAACCAGGGUCCCACCCGCUUCCACAGGGUGGCUGUGGAGGUCCACCGUAGGCUCAAGGCCAAGGAGGGCGUGUCGGCCGAGCCCACCUCAGGGCACUUCUGCGGGGGUUUCAGAGUCCACCAUGUGUCCAUAGAGAGGGCACGUGUUCGCAAGGACUCCAGCACCAAGAAGCUGAUCAAUGAUGCCAUCAUGAACAAUGACUUCCUGAAGAAGUUGGAUCCGCAGCACAUGAGGGAGAUGGUGGACUGCAUGUAUGAGAGGAUCUACACUGAGGGCCAACUGGUCAUCCAGGAGGGAGAACCAGGGAACUUCCUCUAUGUGCUGGCAGAUGGCCUGCUAGAGGUCAUGCAGAACGGCAAAUUGCUCGGAGAGAUGCAUCCCAGGACCGCCUUUGGAGAGUUGGCUAUAUUGUACAACUGUAAGAGAACUGCAACAGUGAAAGCUGUAUCCCAGGCUCAUAUCUGGGCUCUGGACCGGCAGACCUUCCAGAGUAUUAUGAUGAAAUCUACACAGGCUACGCAAGAAGAGUACUUCAGCUUCCUACGCAGUGUAUCUCUGCUGAGAGACCUGCCAGAAGAGAAGCUUGCCAAAAUCGUUGACUGUCUGGAAAUUGACUAUUUUGAUAAAGGAGAGUAUAUCAUUCGGGAGGGCGAGGAAGGGAACACUUUCUUCAUUAUAGCUAAAGGAGAGGUGUGUGUCACCCAGACCACAGAGGGCUGUACUGAGCCACAGGAGAUAAAGACUCUGGGUGUGGGCGACUACUUUGGAGAAAAAGCACUCAUAAGUGAGGAUGUGCGUUCAGCAAACAUCAUCUCCACUGAGAAUGACACACAGUGCUUGGUGGUGGACAGAGACAACUUCAACCAGAUGGUGGGCACUUAUGAGGAACUGCAGGCAUACCUGAAGGAAUACGUUGAAGAGCUCUCCCGAUGCGACGAGAGAAGAAAUGCACUGCCCCUUUCCCCCCUUAUCGACUCGUCCCCAGAGGCCCAGGAGGUGUGUCGGCUCAGGGAGAGGAUCGCCGUCAUCCCUACGCAUGACCCCUUCCAGGACUUGGAGGUCAUAGCAACACUGGGCAUGGGCGGCUUCGGCCGAGUGGAGCUGGUGAAACUGAGAGAUGAAGAUACCACAUUUGCUCUGAAGUGUAUUAAAAAGAAGCACAUUGUAGACACAAGACAACAGGAGCACAUCUACUCUGAGAAGAACAUCCUUCAGCAGACCAACUCACACUUCAUAGUCAGGUUGUUUCGGACAUUCCGAGAUGACAAAUAUGUGUACAUGCUACUGGAGGCCUGCCUGGGUGGGGAGCUGUGGAGUGUACUACGGGACAUGAGUUCCUUUGAGGAGCAGACAGCCCGCUUCUGCAUUGCCUGUGUCCUGGAAGCCUUUGACUACCUCCACGCCAGAGGAAUCAUCUACAGAGACCUGAAACCUGAGAACCUACUACUGGAUGCAGAAGGCUAUGUCAAAAUGGCAGACUUUGGUUUUGCUAAGAGGAUAGGCCUGGGGAAGAAGACAUGGACGUUCUGUGGGACCCCAGAGUAUGUGGCUCCAGAGGUCAUCAUGAACAAGGGCCAUGACUUUGGAGCUGACUGUUGGUCUCUGGGGAUCCUCAUCUUUGAGCUACUGACUGGCAGUCCACCCUUUUCCGGAACUGACCCCAUUAAGAUCUACACCAUGGUCCUCCAUGGGAUUGAAAAGGUUGACUUCCCCAAGAGGAUCAGCAAGCGCCCCGAUGACCUUAUCAGGAGACUCUGCAAGCUUAACCCUGUGGACAGGCUUGGUAAUAAGAAGAACGGCAUCAUCGACAUUAAGAAACACAAGUGGUUCCAGGGCUUUAACUGGGAGGGGCUGAGACGCCAGAAGCUCAUAUCGCCACUGAAGAGAGAGCUGAAGGGGCCGAUGGACCACAGCCACUUUGACAUCUUUCCCCCAGAGCUGGAGGAGACACCAGACGAGCUGUCAGGCUGGGACAAGGACUUCUGAGGUGCCCCUGGAGCCUCUACACCCUAAAGCCUUUUGUCUAUAUAGGUGGUGUACCUCUACUACCUGACGCUAGUGUUCCGCCAGUGCAGUGACCUGUGCUAUCUGCCUUAAAAACAAUCAACUCCACAGAAGCAGCCAUGACUGAAUACUGUAAUCCCAUCUCUUCCCUGUGGUUGCCGUACUUGCCAUACAUUUGACAUCAUGACUGCCUGCCUGUUACUGCCUUUCUUGCCUGCAGACGGAGAAGAUUGCCUCCUUAAGAAUUGCCUUUUAGGUUUUUGGCCGGAAGAGCAGUGUGUGAAGUGCCACAUGAAACUCUCAUGAGACAACAAGGACAUUCAUCAAGUGAUUGAAAGACUGAGUGCCAAAAACCCUCAUCUCAGUCCAUUUGGUUAUUUCCCUCAGACAGCAACUGAUGGAGGACAAUGGAAAUAAAUAGAAAAGCUUAUUUAUUGUUACAGUUAAAACCAAUGCGUUCUUGCUUUUGGCUUUCUUCAAGGUUUUUAAAGAAGUGAACCAAAAUGAGGUUUUAUACAUUUCAAAAAAGCCUCUUAUGGACUCGGGGACCAAUCACAAUGAGAAAAGCUAAACAAAAUAUGAUGUGAUUAAAUGAGUAGCAGAAAUCAGACCAAUUGUCCUUGCCAUAUCACACUCAAUACAUACCACAGACAAUACUUUUGUAAAAACCCUGAAGCAGGCCAAAAGGCAAAACACAUUGGUUUGACAAUAAAAAAGCUUUUUUAUUUACUUCAUCAACCAAGAGUUGCUGAAUCUCCUUUCAACUUCAGUUUGCGCCUCAAUUCAUUCACCUUAGUUGGUGAGCGAAGUAGCGGCAGUGUUCCCUUCCCUUCUUUCCCUCAGAGUGAUGUGCCUAAUUUGUGUCCUUAACAAUAAUGACAACCUUCGAGGAUGUUCUCAGACUUCCAAAAUGUAGAUACAUUUGGCCAUGUAGUGUAUGUGGACACCUGUUCAUCGAAACAUCUCAUUCUAAAAUCAUUGGCAUUAAUAUGGAGUUGGUCCCUCCAUUGCUGCUAUAACAUCCUCCACCCUUCUUGGAAGACUUUCCACUAGAUGUUGGAACAUUACUGCAGGGACUUGCUUCCAUUCAGCCACAAGAGCAUUUGUGAGGUCAGGCACUGAUUUUGGGCGAUUAAGCCAGGUGGUGUUCCAGUUCAUCCCAAAGGUGUUCAAAGAGGUUGAGGUCAGGUCUCUGUGCAGGCCAGGCAAGUUCUUCCACACCGAUCUCAACAUACCAUUUCUGUAUGGACCUUGCUUUGUGCACAGGGGCUUUGUCCUGCUGAAACCGGAAAGGGCCUUCCCCAAACUGUUGCCACAAAGUUGGAAGCACAGAAUCGUCUACAAUGUUCCCUUCACUGGAACUAAGGGGCCUAGCCCGAACCUGCCCAGGGACUGCGGUUGAAAAUUAGCCGGCUGGCUAAAACGGGUACUUACUGAAAUGUUGAUUACUGUGCACUGUCCCUUUUCCUGUAAAAGUAAAAUAAACUCAAACAAUGAAAAACAGCCCCAGACCACUAUGCAUUGGGACAGGUAAUGUUCUCCUGCCAUCAGCCAAACCCAGGUUCACACGUUGGACUGCCAGAUGGUAAUGCGUGAUUCAUCACUCCAGAGAACGGGUUUCCACUGCUCUAGAGUCCAAUUGCGACAAGCUUUACACCACUCCAGCCGACGCUUUGCAUUGCGCAUGCUGAUCUUAGGCUUUUGUGCGGCUGCUCAGCCAUGGAAACCCAUUUUAUGAAGCUCCCGACGAACAGUUCUUCUGCUGACGUUGCUUCCAGAGGCAAUUUGGAACUCGAUAGUGAGUGAUGCAACCGAGGACAGAUGUUUUUUUAUGCACUACGUGCUUCAGCACUCGUCGGUCCUGUUCUGUGAGCUUGUGUGGCCUACCACUUCACGGCUGAACCGUUGUUGCUCCUAGAUGUUUCCACUUCACAAUAACAGCACUUACAGUUGCCCGGGGCAGCUCUGGCAGGGCAGAAUUUGACGGACUGACUUAUUGGAAAAGUGAUGGCGCCACAUUGAAGGUCACUGAGCUUUUUAGUAAGGCCAUUCUACUGCCAAUGUUUGUUUAUGGAGAUUUAAUGGCUGUGUGCUCGAUUUUUAUACACAUGUCAGCAGCGGGUGUGACUGAAUUAGCCGAAUCCUCUAAUUUGAAGGGGUGUCCACAUACUUUUGUCCAUGCAGUGUAUGUUUAUAUUUAAUUUUUGAAAUUGUGCUCCAAAUGUUGAUCAAAUGUAUAAUCAGACCUCUACACAUGCUUUGUCCUUCGAUCAUACCUUAUCUGCCUGGUGUGGUCUUAUCAAAAUAUCUAAUAUAAUUUCUCUCACUAAUCCUCAGGACAGCCAUUAUUGUGUUGUUAUAUAAUAGGUUUGAUCCAGCUUAGCUGGGAAAACAGUGCAUUAAGUCAUGAAUCCACUUUAUUCCCAAAGGGGCCAGUUUAGGGAAUUAGUUGAGUAAAAUUUCACAAAAUACAGUAUGGCAUGUGUACAAUUGUAUCACUAACUGAUGGAAGUCAUUAUGGUUGUAAAUGAUCUAUAAAUGAAAAUGCAUUGUACUGUAGAUACAAAACAGAAAGAUGGGCCCUAUAUUUAACCGAGACAAUAAUUAGUCACAUUGCAUUGAAUGUACUGGACAUUUGUGAGUAAGGAUAUAUUUCCCUUCCAUUCAUGUUAAACAGUUGUUGGUACUAAUUAAAAACAUGUUUUUUUAAUGCAGCCAUUACUGUAUUUUACAUAACUCCUAAACUAAUGUGCACUCUUAACUUAUUGAGCAAAGCUCUAUUGCAGUAUAUGGUUUUGUAGAUGUUACCAAAAUGAACCCAAUAUUUAUUCUGUUUAUAAUAAAACAUAUUUUCAA